UUCAAUCAGCCCCUGCGGCGAUUGCAGCGCGCCAAUUCCUGGCGUGGAAGUGGACAAGGCCCCCAGCAUCAGCUCUUUAGUUGUGCGCGCGCUUGGCUCGGAUGCAGACGACAUGGAUUUCGAUGAGGUACUUAAGGAGGUGGGAUCUUUCGGCCUCUACCAGAAGGUCAUCAUAUGCUCGGUGUUACUGCCGGCUGCUCUGCCCUGUGCCUUUCACGCCUACAGCCAGCUAUUCAUCGCGGCCACUCCACAGCACUGGUGUCGAGUGCCAGAGCUGGAGCCAUGGACCCAGGACUAUGUGCAGUUGGUGAAGAACCUGAGCAUCCCGAGGAACCGUCAUGGCGCCUACGCCGAGUGCUCCAUGUAUGCCCGCAACUACAGCGACAUUGUCCGGUAUCUGGAGUACCGACCGCCCAUCGAUCUGAUCAGGCAAGAGGCUGAGAAUCUGCUGAAGCUGCAGCCGGAGACAGCGCGGAUAGUGCCCUGCCAGCAUGGCUGGCACUACGACAAGUCCAUUUACUCCAGCACAGUGGUCCAAGAGUGGAGUUUGGUUUGCGACAGAAGCUACCUGGUGACCCUAGCACUGGUCAUCUUCGGUGUGGGCGGACUGCUGGGGAACUACGUCUUUGGCUAUCUGGUGGAUAUGUGGGGCCGGCGACCGUCCUUCUACGCCUACCUGCUGCUGGAGAUUGCGGCAUGUGCGGCAAGUGCCUUUGCCUGGAACUUCCCCGUCUGGCUGGGGCUCCGCUUCGUGGUGGGGCUGACAGUGCCGGCCAUACUGGCGAGUCCCUACGUCCUGGCCAUUGAACUGGUGGGCCCCGAUCGCCGCGUCUUUUGCACAAUCGUCUCGAACAUUGCCUACUCGUUGGGACUGGUCAUACUGGCCGGCGUUAUAUACAUUGUGCGUGACUGGCGGGAGCUCAGUCUGGCUGUGUCCAUGCCCCUGCUGAUGCUGUUCUCCUGCUUCUUUUUGCUGCCCGAGUCUCCUCGCUGGCUGAUGGCAGUGGGGCAGACGAAGCGGGCAACAAAGAUCCUCAAAGUAAUUGCACGCGUGAAUGGAGUACGCAUCACCAGGGACUUUGUGGAGCGGUUGCAGCAUCGACUCGUGACAACGCAGGCCGUGGAGUCGUCGGCCUCCACGCACUAUGGUAUCUUGGAUCUGUUCCGGGGCACUAACAUGCGCCGCAAAACCCUGAUUAUCACCCUUAUCUGGUUCGCCAACACCAGCGUGUAUGUCGGCUUGAGCUACUACGCUCCUGCCUUGGGCGGCGACGAGAUAUGGAACUUCUUCUUGGCCGGGGCCGUGGAGCUGCCCACGUAUCUGCUUCUAUGGCCAGGACUCAGCUACUUUGGACGGCGCUGGAUCCUCUUCAUAUCGAUGCUCGUGGGCGGAGUGGCCUGCGUGGCCACGUUCCUAUUUCCGAAGAUCACGUUGCUGCUGUACUGCGUCGGAAAGAUGGGCAUCAGCUCGUCCUUUGUGGUGCUGCCGCUGUUGGCCUCCGAGCUGUAUCCUACGGUGGUGCGGGGCCUGGGCAUGAGUUUCAGCUCCGUGGUGGCUAUGAUCGGGCCUAUUGUCAUUCCCAUUAUUAAUCACAUGGGCCAGCAAAUGCUGGCUUUGCCGCUGAUUGUGAUGGGAGCGCUGCUAAUUGUUGGCGGAUUCGCCAGCCUACUGCUGCCAGAGACGCGGAAUAGGAAUCUUCCCCAGACCCUGGAGGAGGGCGAGGCGGUGCCGCUCAGUAUUCUGCUUUGCUGCUGUGUGGAGAGCGGAAACAAGAAGAGUCGCCCCGAAAAUCGUCGCAGGGUGAUUCCCGAGGUCGGUGCGGCAGUUUAUCAUCGCGUGGAGAGUCCCAGCUCUGGUCCUGCCACCUGCAAGGUUGUCUGCAGUAUAUGCAAGAAGGAAAUGCGAACAUUGUAAUUGGUUCAAACUUUCAAAAAUGAUUGAAAUUAGAUCGUAUCGUAUUUUAAAAUAUUGUUUUGUUGUUUGGGCGGGAAAAAAAGAUAGCCAGCUGGCAGCACUGUCGCCUUUCUUGCAAGGAAGCUGCCACUUAGUUCCAUAUCUACAGUAAAGGCAAAAAUAUUGGGUCAGGUCGCCGAAAGAAGAUACGUUUAUUGUUUGUUGCAGCCCAAAUUAACACUAAUUCUUCAAUUAAACUAUGUACAAUUUUGCAACUUGAUGUUUAUGUACUUGCAAUUAUACAUGUGCAUUAACCUUUGCCCUAUACAUAUGUUUUACUGGCGCAACUGAUAAGAAAAGCACCCAACCGCAAAUUGUAGCCUAGAAGGUUCAAGCCUAUCAGCACACCGCAAUCCGCGAAUCGCAACAUUUUAAACCAUUUACAAUUUGAGUUGGCCGUGACUCAUGACAGAAAUUUAAAACAAAUCGCACCCAUACUGCCAGGAACGCAUGCCUAACACACACAGAACUGAUGCAUACAGGCAAACGUUGGGUUUUCGCUCUUUAGCUUUUGCAUUUUGCCGCAUAUUUAUGUUAUUACGAGAACUCUUGCCAGGCAAAACCAUUAUUUAACUAAUGAAACGCGCUAAAGUUCAGUUCUUGGGCCCAAAAACAGCUGCCGAUUGCUUUCAAAGCCCGAAUCUCAAUGUCAACAAGUUUUGACUGCCGCGUGCUUUUUGCUACCCCCCUCGUCCAAAAGGCGUUGUCAGGCAUACACACACAUGCGCGCACACCAACGCAGAUUAUGCAAGAAAAAAAAAUUAGAAACGCCAGAAAUAAAAUGUCCAGAAAUAUAAAUGUUUUCUUUCCAGUUCUUUUAAUGUAUGUAUGAUGGUCUAAAAAAUACGUUUACAAAUUAGAAAAAUGUUUUCAACAAUUUUGGUUCAAGUUCGAUUUAGCUUUGAUAGGGACUCUCUUGUUUACAUGAGUUUUUGAAGCCGGGGGGAUACAUCAUCAUUGGGUUGGGAUUUGAAUAUAGAACA